AGGCUUUUCUUGUCUACCUCCUUCUAUGAUGGUAGCUUCCACCGCCUCAGUCACGAUAAUACCCAAAUCCAGAACAAGCGCGUACACACUCAGGGCAACAAUGUGUUUUAAGCACGGCUCAAGAAUCCCGAACAAACAUACCGCUUCCAGACUAUUCGUUAAUAGGUACGCGUGAGACGGUUCCUUCAUGACGACACGCCGCUAUCUUGCGAACGGCUUUCUGUCUUGAGAAAUGACUCUAGGUGAUAGAUCACUCAGAGGUGGAUCCCUUAUCGGAAGGAAAACAGGUGAAUAAGCUUCUCAGAAAGAGCCCAAAUACCGCCGGCUACUACCUAUCCUUCAACCUAUCCUUUCUCCAAACAUGCAGGGAAUAAUGUCACUCUCUGACGCGAGUUCCACGAGCAAUACCGGAUCCCGCUCCUCUCAAUCCCAAGAGUAUUCCCGUUCUUCAGCAAAGACAAGUCUCGAGGCUUCGUCAAGGGACCCUGAAAAAGGUGACGCUAGUACCCCAGAACCGGUGGAUGGACAAGAAAAGCUUUCUUCGUCCGAGACACUUCGUGAUUCUGUCGUGACUAUUGGUUGGGAUGGUCCCGACGACCCUCAGAACCCCAGGAACUGGAGCAAGCGCGACCGCUGGACGGUGACGUUAGUUGUCAGCUUGUUUACUUUCAUAAGUCCCGUUGGAUCAUCGAUAUCUUCGCCCGCCCUUCCAGCUAUAUCUCGAGACCUGCAUAUCCCCCCUGGCUCUAUUCUCGAGAACAUGACGUUGUCUAUAUUCAUCCUCGCCUACGCGUUAGGUCCUCUUAUUUGGGGACCUCUCUCAGAACUUUAUGGGCGUCUAGUGAUCCUACAGAUAUCAAACAUAUGGUUUUUAGUAUUCAACACCCUAUGUGCGUUCGCUAAGACACCUACCCAAAUGCUAGUGUUCAGGUUUUUGGCGGGUUUCGGAGGUGCAGCACCUCAGUCGAUCGGCGGUGGCGUCGUGGGAGAUCUUUGGUCCCCAGAAGAGCGGGGUAUGGCCAUGAGUGUUUAUUCCCUUGCGCCUUUAGUAGGUCCAUCGACAGGCCCACUCGUUGGCGGCUGGAUAGCCUUGAAGACCCGAUGGCAAUGGGUAUUCUGGAGUGUCAGCAUCGCCGACGCAUUGCUUCAAGUUGCUGGUUUUAUUUUCCUUCGCGAAACUUAUGCUCCACAUAUUCUAAAACGCAAAGCACAGUCCCUUCGAAAGGAGACUGGGAAGUCGAACAUACACUCCGCUUUCGAAGCUCCAGAUCGUCAUUGGUCGUCAGUGAUGGGCCGUGGUAUUGUGAAACCGAUCGUAUAUCUGGCAACGGAGCCUAUUGUUCAGGUUUUUGCUUUGUAUAUGGCGGUUCUUUAUGGAUUACUAUACCUGAGCUUGACCACUUUUGUGAAGGUAUUCACGCUGCAAUAUGGCGAAAAUUCCGGCAUUGCAGGUGUUCAUUAUCUCGCUAUCGCUCUGGGUUCAACAGUCGGCGGACAAGUUGGCGCUCGAGUACUGAACAAGAUCUACCGAAUACUCAAGGCUAGGAACGGGGGCGUAGGCACGCCUGAGAUGAGAUUACCAUUACUCAUGGUAUCUUCAAUGACCCUACCGAUUGGCUUACUGAUUUACGGCUGGACGGCAAAUGCGAGAACCUUCUGGCUGGUUCCCGAUUUGGGCGUCUUUAUCUAUUCUAUAGGGAUUGGAGCAAACUGGACCUGUGUUCAGACAUAUUUGGUUGACAAUUACGCUUUGCAUGCUGCAAGCGCGAUUGCUGCAGUCUCAUCAUUUAGGGCCUUUGCGGGCUUUGGCUUCCCACUGUUCGCAGACGGGAUGUAUGCAAAACUCGGGGAUGGAUGGGGCAAUUCUAUAUUGGCACUGAUUUGUCUUGUCAUCGGGUGUCCGUCGCCUUUCAUUUUCUACAGCUACGGCCCUAGACUGCGAGCCUGGAGUAAAGCGACUUCAGUAGAACAAUAAGUGUUUCGUUUAGAGUCUUCUCUUUUUUCACCGAAUAUGAACCCC